AUGUCGACUGCAAACAAAUUUACUGUGCUCAUUGUGCGUUUUCACCGUCCCUUGAACCUUCUUGCUCGACGUUUGACGGUCUCCACUCUCCAGGCCGUGGCAUUUCCGUGCGCAUUAUCGACAAGGAGCAGACCCACCGCGUUGGCAGCCGCGGGGGCUGGCGUCCAGUCUCGCACGCUCGAACUCUACGCGCAGCUCGGGCUGUACGACAAGAUCAUUGCGUGCGGCGGCGACAUACCGAAUAUCGCACUGUACAAGCCAGGCAAGGAGAACACCACGCCGAUGAAGGAGUUCCGCUUGACCCCGCUGGUGGAUGCGACACCCUCCAUGCCCUAUCCCAACACGAUGAACAUCCCACAAGACGCGCACGAGGCCGUGCUCCGUGAGGCUCUUGCUGCACUGGGCUGCACUGUCGAGCUCGGGCGUGGCGACGCCGAAACGGCAGAAGUGGCGUGGCUGGUCGGGGCGGACGGCGCUCACAGUGUCGUGCGCAAGGGCCUCGGACUGAGCUUCCUCGGUGAGACACACGAGGAGCAGGAGAUGUUCCUCGGUGACAUCGAGAUCGAAGGGGUUACACCCGGCUUGUGGCACAUGUGGGCCGACCCGCGACAGACGAUAGUCCUUCGCGGCACCACGCCUACCUCAAACGUGUAUACCUUUGCGUGCCUUCCCAGCGCUUCGGGACCGCUUUCUGGCCCUUUCACGCGCGACGAGUUUGUCAAGAUGUUCUAUGACAUUACCCAGCGCACGGACAUUUCGUUCGGAUCCGCGUUGUGGCUUUCGCAUUACCGCGCCAACAUCCGAAUGGUCGACGAGAUGCGCGUCGGGCGGGUGUUUGUCGUAGGCGAUGCAGCGCACUGUCACAGCCCUGCUGGUGGCCAAGGCCUCAACUCCAGUGUCCAAGACUCGGCAAAUCUCGCAUGGAAGCUCGCGCUGGUCAUCAAAAACCUUGCGCCGGACUCGUUGCUCGACACCUAUGCCGAAGAGCGCCUCCGUGUCAUUGCGCAGAUGCUCAAGCUGACUACGUUAUUGCACAAUACCACACACAAGAUGCGGCAGCAGCCCAAUUCGGACGCCGCGGAAAGCGCUACUGCGGGCGGCCGCCGUAAGCAUGCGGAGCUCUCGAUGCUGGGUGUCAACUAUUGCGGGAGCUCAAUCAUUGCGGAAAACGAUGAUGCGGACAAAGGCCUGGCCCCGGCGUAUACGGCGAGUCUGACGGACAUCGGCGCGCUGCCAGGCUACCGCGCACCGGAAGCGCCGGGACUGGCAGGCGAGGGCGAGAAGGAGACAAGCUUGUUUGCGGUGUUUGACCUGAGCAAGCAUACCAUCUUGCUCUUCGCCUGCCGGGCUGGGACGACCAAGGUGGUGCAUAUUCUUCCAACAGGCGUCGCGCUUGAGAAGGUCGGCCGCGCAGAUGUGGUGCUCCAGGACACACGGGGCCAUGCAUACGCCACCUAUGGCAUUGCAGAGGGCGAGACGGCACUUGUAGUUGUGCGUCCUGAUGGGGUCGUCGGCGCGGUGGAGGGUGGGAGCGUAAAGGAGGCGGUGGCGGGCGUGGGGAAAUAUUUCUCGAAGAUUCUUGGAUCGGAGACGAGCUUGUAG